AUGACAAGAGCGGGAGCAGCAUCAUCACUAUCGACUACAAAUCAGCACUACAACAUCAAACUUAACCUUGAUCGCAACCAACCGGUUCACAACAUGGCCCCUCUACGACAAUCUCUACUGUCAAGACACCACGCCACAGGCCGCCGCCCCGCAAACAUGAGAACUCUCUUCCUCGUUCUCGGGAUCUGUGCUUUCUUUGUUCUCUUCUUCACAAUCAUAUACGCCUGUUGUCUAAGAACUACUGUUCCAGUCCGAAACACUGCAGCAAGACCAACGGCGCAGCGUCAACCCAGGGCAAGACCAGCGGCGCAAUGUCAACCUAACAGGCGGGGUGGAACUUACAGCGAGCCCCCAAGACCCUCGGAAAGUGUAGCGGAGAGGCAGGCGAUGAGGGAAACAGAGACCAGGCAGCAGCAAAUACUCCCGCCCGCGUAUCAACUACCGGCUCCAACCUACCAACAUCCCACGUCGGAAAUUAGACGACAGUGGUUGAUGUCACAUCGACAAAUGCCAUUGCCUCUGCCGGCACCUGCGAAUGACUUGCCGCCAACAUACAAUUCAGCAGCGGUGUGGCCAUCAAGGCCAACAAGGGGAUGGUGA